AUGGCACGGCGUUGUUUGGAGGGCGAGAUAUGUAUAAUUGGUAGGCGACCGGCUCAAGACCGGAGUUGGUCGGCGGCCCGACCAAUCUCGUGUUUGGAGCAGUGGGGGUUUCUCGGUCACGCUUACCAUGUCAUGCAUUGUACGAUUUCAGAUUCUUAUUCAUCAUUGGCAAAGGGCUUUUUGCUUUUCUCUUUUAAGAGGCGCCGCACUAUACCAAAGGUUCUUGCACUGUACUGUACUGCAUUUUCUUCGGUUACAGUUGGGAAGCAUCGGUAG